CAACUGACAUUACCUGCUCUAUCUGGUAGCACUGACAGUGGAAAGGUGGCCAUUGCAGGACCAUAGCAGGAUUUACAUACAGGAGGAAUCAUGGACACAUUAUAUGAGUGGUUCUGGUGGGACAGAAUCUGGCUGCCUGAGGGCCUGACAUGGGCUGACCUGGAAGAUAAAGAAGGUCGAGUUUAUGCCAAAGCCUCACAUCUUUACGUCACUGUUCCCUAUGCCUUCGUCUUUUUGCUCAUCAGAUACCUGUUUGAAAGGUGGAUAGCAACAUCUCUCGCGGUCUCUGCUGGAAUUAAGCAGAGAGUCCAUGUAAAACCUGAGGACAACACCAUCCUGGAGCUCUACUAUACUACUCAGGGUAGAAAUCCUGCUUCGGCAGACAUUGAUGGGCUCUCUAAGAAAAGCAGUUUGUCAGUCAGACAAGUGGAGCGCUGGUUCAGAAGAAGACGCAGACAGGACUUUCCUGGAGUUCUAAAGAAAUUCAGAGAGGCCAGUUGGAGGUUUGUCUUCUACUUGUCUGCGUUCAUCGGAGGAAUAGUAGCGUUGUAUGAUAAAGAAUGGCUUUAUGACACAAAGGAAGUAUGGACAGAUUUUCCCAAGCAGUCCAUGCUAGAGUCUCAGUACUGGUAUUAUGUGUUGGAGAUGAGUUUCUAUGGCUGUCUGCUCUUCAGUGUUGCUUUUGACGUCAAAAGAAAGGACUUUAAGGAGCAAAUCAUCCACCACUUGGCCACACUAGUCCUCUUAUCAUUUUCCUGGUGUGUCAACUACAUCCGUAUAGGAACAUUGGUCAUGCUUGUCCAUGACGCUUCUGAUGUUUUACUGGAGUCUGCCAAAUUAUUCAACUACGCCAAAUGGGAGAAAACCUGCCAAACACUUUUUGUGUUGUUUGCCAUCGUGUUUCUGAUAACACGACUGAUCAUCUUUCCAUUUUGGUUAAUCCACUGUACCUGGGUGUAUCCUGUGCACCACUACCCAGCCUUCUUCGGCUACUACUUUUUCAAUGUGAUGCUGGUCCUCCUUCUCUGUCUUCACAUAUUCUGGGCCUACCUCAUUCUCUGCAUGGUCAAGAAAUUCGUGUUUGGCACUUUAACUCGAGAUGAGAGAAGUGACAAUGAAGAGGAAGAAGGGGAAGAGAGCAGCCCAACGGAGGAUGAAGGUGAACAACAAAACAAGCCUGUCAAUGGACUGUCAACUAAUGAGAAGGAUGACAAGAAUAGCAGCUUUGGAUGCAUGUCUCCACCAGAGAACAUCUACUGGUCAAAGACUGUGUACUGACUCAUGCUCACUAUAAUCAAUAGAGAUAAAUAUGUGGCAGACAGUACAGUGGUAAAUACAUUUCAUUCUAUUUAGAAUUAUUUAUUAUUUUGUUAGAAACUGGAACUCAAACUAACCCAAAGUAAGGCUUGCUGCCUUCAUGUUGAAUUGCUCACAUGUACAGAGAUUUAUGGAUUUUUUUUGCCUCUGUUUUUUGUCAUCAUUGUUGGCUGGUCUGAUCUAAUCUACCACAUUCCGGAUUUCUUGUAGAAAUAAUACAUGGGAAACUUAGUUAGUAGGUAGCCCUAGGUUUAAAGAACUGGAUUAGUAAUCAGACGAUAGCUGGUUUGAGAUCAGCAAUUGUCUGGCAUCUCCUCCUUUGAGUGGUAAUGCCAGUAUCUGGCAGAAGUGUUUUUGUAUGAUCCCUGGCAUGAAUAAGCAUAGAAAAUGGAGAAAAUAAUAAAACUGAGCAAACCUUUAGAACAUUAAUUUGUUCCAAUCCAUACAUGACUUGAUUUUCACAAGCAGUGGGACUGUGUUUAUGGUUUUACUUGCUUUGCAUACACAAAAGUCACUCUGUUGCAGGCAACUUUGGAUGUGGGCUGUGGUCUCCCCACCCAUUUAGAAGUUAGAAAUGGUACAGCCCAGAGGUCCUUGUUUUAACCCUUUGAUGUGCAGUGUGGGUCAGGAGAUACCCAUUUUCCAUUGGAUUUGGGUUACUUUUGACCCAUAUUGUGCAUCAAAGAGUUAAAUCUUAGCCUGGGAUCUUUCCAUGUGGAGUUUGCAUGUUCUCCCUGUGCACUGAAGGUUCUCACUGGGUUCUCCAGCUUCCUCCCACAGUCCAAAGACAUGCUAAGGUUAAUUGGUGAUUCUAAAUUAUCCGUAGGUGUGAAUGUGAGUGUUUGUCUGUUUCUGUUUGUGAAUUGCACUGUGGAAUGGUACCCCAACACCAUGGCCAUCUUUAGAUGACUGUCAGUUGGGAUAGGGUUAGAUAGAUGAGGGCUGUGCUGCUGUACUCACCUUCAUACACCUUGAAAAUGUGUACAAAAGGUUGUAUUUUAAAGUACACUGUCCAACUGUGUCCUUGCAUGACAAAUCACACAAUUGAAAAUGUUGUUGUAUUAAGGCUAAUUUCCUCCUCCCUGUUACUAAAACCAACAAGUUUCAGUGGAACGAUUGGAGCUGUUCUGGCAUUUUGGGUAAUUUUAACUUUGUUGAGUUAACAAAUGUUUUAUGAUAAGAGAAAUCAUUUAGUAUCGGAUCGAUCAUUGUUUGUCUUUGCAUUUUUAUAUAUUCCUACUAAAGUGAUACUAGAAUUGUUAUUCUGUUCAAAAUGAAGAAAACCAAAGAAUUUAAUCCCAAUUAUAUUUGUUGUGACCUUUAAUUUAAAAGUGAUCAGUACAAAUUCAUCUCAAUAAAAAAUCUCUGAACUGA